CCCGAACGCGCCCGAUUUCAAAUAAACCCGCCCCGGGCAAGACCCGACCCGUCCACGUCAGCGAUCCGCGUCUCGCCCGACGGACCAAUCAGAUCUCACGCCUCUCCCUCCAUAAAACACGUUCUCCGCUUCUCAUCUCCGCUCAAGUCCCCAUCGCAUCAUCUUCCUUUGUCUCGCGCGCGGAAUUCGUGCUCUGCGUCUGCAAGCGCGCGACCUCGAGCCUCUCCGAUGGCGCCGAAGGCUGAGAAGAAGCCUGCGGCGGCGGCGAAGAAGCCGAGGGCCGAGAAGAAGCUCCCCGCCAAGGAGGGGGCGGGAGACAGGAAGAAGAAGCGGGCGAAGAGGAGCGUGGGGACGUACAAGAUCUACAUCUUCAAGGUGCUGAAGCAGGUGCACCCGGACAUCGGAAUCUCGAGCAAGGCCAUGGGCACCAUGAACAGCUUCAUCAACGACACCUUCGAGAAGCUGGCCCAGGAGUCGUCCCGGCUCGCGCGGUACAGCAAGAAGCCCACCGUCACGUCCCGGGAGAUCCAGACGGCCGUCCGCCUCGUGCUCCCCGGGGAGCUCGGCAACCACGCCGUGUCCGAGGGCACCAAGGCGGUGACCAAGUUCACCAGCGCUUAGGGCGCCGGGCGAUUCUUGAUUUUGGCGCUCGGUUCUUUUGUAAAAAAUAAAAAUAAAAAAUUCGGUGGGCAUUUUGCAGAAUGGAGAAGCUCCAUUGGAACUUGCGUUUGGUCACUUUUUUUGGGAGAUGAAAAAUUUGCAGUUGUGAAAUACCAUGAGCCAUGGCUUCUUGAUAUAUUGGCAUUGAUCUGAAUUAAAUUAUGACACAUGACUUCCUAUUGUC